GCUCGAUCUGCCUUUUCCGAGAUAGACAGAGCGACAAUUCUGUUCGUCUUGUUGACCUAGCCGUAAUCCUUCUUAACGAGGCGUUCCGUGCCAAUUUCUUGCAACAACCUCACACCUCGCAGCCAGCGAGCAAACUUUAAGGACAACGUCAUGAGCGACCCAUUAUCCGUUGCCGCUAGCGUGGCUGGCUUACUGUCUCUCGGCUUACAGAGUACAGAGUACCUCCACAAGUACUACACCGCGUGCCGAGAUCAACAUCAGGAUCUCGCCAAAAUCGCAGACCAACUCGGCAGCCUUCUCGAAUCCGUCCAAAUUAUCGACGAGAUUGUGCGCACCCGCACCUGGCGGCCCAACGAGCAGCCAAUCAUACAAAGUAUCGAAAAGUCUAUCACCCACAGUGAGGACGCUAUAAACGGGUUACAGAAUGAGGUUGAUAAAUUCAAAAAUGAGCCUACGGACAAUUGGAGAAAGAAGGCAAUAGUGGUUGGGCGACGGGCGGCAUAUCCAUUCAAGAGGAGCACUUUAGGAGAGCUCAGCGACAAUGUGAGCGAGUUUCGCGGAAACUUGUCGAUCGCACUACAGGCGCUUCAGCUGAAAGAGCAUCAGAAUACACAGGACGACAUCGAGGAGGUCAACGCUGUCGUCAAGGACAUACAGGCACGAAGUGUCAGUGUCGAUCUGUGGCGGUGGUUGAAGGCACCCGACGCAACCAUCAACUUCAAUAUCGCAGUUGCCAAACGACACGUGAGCACUGGGCAGUGGUUGGUCCAAGGUCCAGCCUAUACCACAUGGCUACAGCAGGACAAUUCUUUUUUGUGGCUGUAUGGCUUCGCGGGCUGUGGAAAGUCCGUGCUGUGCUCGACGGCGAUCCAGCACGCCUUUCGCCGCCGUCAACCAUCCGUCGACAUUGCAGUCGCCUUCUUCUUCUUUGACUUUCGAGACGAGUCAAAACAAGAUGCAUCUGCGAUGCUGCGAGCAUUGCUACUCCAGCUCUGUGGGCAGGUUCCCGGUCUGGAAUCAGACAUGACCCAGCUGAAAGCUUCAUAUAAUUAUGGUACUCCACCGGUUCAUGUCUUACUUGAAUAUCUACGACAAGCCGUUGCUCGGUGCCGCCACAUCUACAUUUUGCUCGAUGCGUUGGACGAGAGUCCUGAAGAAAUCUCACGAAGUGAACUUCUAUCGGCAAUCAAUACCCUACGACAAUGGCAGCUGCCAGGCUUGCACUUGUUAGUCACCAGUCGAGACGUUCCUGACAUUCGAUACCAUCUGCAAUUUCCGACACUCCAGCAAGGCGUCGAGCAUAUCACGUUGAAGAACGACAGCGUUCAGCAAGAUAUCUCGCGGUUUGUGGCAUUUCAAGUCGAUCAUGAUCAUCAGCUUCGGUGCUGGGGUGACCAUCGGGAGAAGAUUAAGAACUAUCUAACCCAGCACGCAGGUGGAGUAUUUCGUUGGGUCGAAUGCCAGCUUCGGCCGCUACGGCAGUGUCUCCACAGCGAGAAACAUCUCGAGAAAUGUCUUCGCACACUACCACAGUCCCUCGACAAGACAUACGAACGAAUUCUUUGCAGCAUCGAGUCACGAGAAGAGGCGCGGCAGAUCCUGUCGCUCCUAUGUUGUGCAUCGCGACCAUUGUCAGUCGACGAGGUUGCCGAGGCUCUUGCUGUUGAUACUGACGACCUCGGGUGUUAUGACCCCACGAGCAAAUUUACUGGCGGCGUAGACGACGUCCUUCGAAUCUGCCCUGGUCUCAUUGAUACCAGUCUUCGUACAGAUGGUGUCCAGAUACUCCGGAUUGAACAUUUUUCGGUCCAGGAAUACCUGCUAUCUGAUCGCAUUCGAAAUGGUCCAGCGGCCGACUUCGCUUUGUCCGGCCUAUUGCAGCAUGGGCGGAUCAGCAAGACCUGUCUACUAUAUCUCCAAUAUAAUGAAUUUCUGCAACAGGUUUUGAGCCCAGAUCUCUUAAGACAGUAUGCCUUUGCAAGAUAUGCUGCAGAGCAUUGGCACCACCAUUAUCGCCAAGCUGACGGCCAAUAUGCCCGACAAUUAUCAGCGAUGGUUGGCACUUUGUUGACGACGCGCUGUGCGAAAGAGCGUUGGCUCCGGCUACACAAUCCAGAUCGACAAUGGUCAACUGACGUGGAUUACUCCACAGUCGCUAAAGAUUAUCCUUCGGCAACAUACUAUGCUUCUCUUCUUGGCCAAGACGAAGUGUUGAUAUUUAUUCUAUCCAUGUCAGCAGCAGAUGUCAACGCACAAGGCGGCGAGUAUGGCAACGCACUACAGGCGGCAUCAAAGGGUGGCCACGAGAAGGUAGUGCAGAUACUACUGGACAAGGGUGCCGAUAUCAACGCACAAGGCGGCGAGUAUGGUAACGCACUACAGGCGGCAUCAGAUGGUGGCCACGAGAAGGUAGUGCAGAUACUACUGAAUAAGGGUGCCGAUGUCAACGCACAAGGCGGCGUAUAUGAUUAUCCUUCGGCAACAUACUAUGCUUCUCUUCUUGGCCAAGACGAAGUGUUGAUAUUUAUUCUAUCCAUGUCAGCAGCAGAUGUCAACGCACAAGGCGGCGAGUAUGGCAACGCACUACAGGCGGCAUCAAAGGGUGGCCACGAGAAGGUAGUGCAGAUACUACUGGACAAGGGUGCCGAUGUCAACGCACGAGGCGGCGUCUAUGGUAACGCACUACAGGCGGCAUCAACACGAGAAGAUAGUGCAGAUACUACUGGACUGCCUCCCCACCUAGAUCAGCAAGGAAUGUCGCCGUAA